CAGCGAGCAUAGUUGGAUUACAAUAGAUUAAAACGUAUUAAAUGAAAUAAUUAUAACUUGAUAUGAAAAAACAUUAAUAUUUACUGAAUACUGUAAGAAAUGAAAGGGUCUUAUUUGGAAUAUCAGUGAAUGCUAUUUUAACUGAAAUUCUUUAAUUAACUAAGAAAUUGUGAAACCUGUGUGCAAUUAACAAAAUUUUAAUUAAUGACUGAAAUAAAUGACUAAAAAUGCGAAAUGCAGGUGUAGCUAAAAGUUGAUUUAAUACUAACAGCAAUAUAAUUGUUAAUUUUAUGUAUAAUUACUUAUAUGCAAUAAAUUACAAUAACUUAAAGAACUUAUUAUAAUGACGUCACUGUUGGGAGCUACGCUAAAGCGGCACUUAAUCUGUAUUAUUCAAAAUUUUAAAAAAUGUUUAAGUGUUGCAUUUCUCAAUAAAAUAAUAGUUAAUUCGUUAGUGUUCCUUUUGUUGUUAUUUUCUUGUGGUGUCUGUGAAUCGAAAGCGGAGGAUGCAUCGACAGAAGAUGCGGAUAGUAAAAACAGUAAUAACGAAACUGUUAUUAAUGGCCUUUAUCAACUCAACAGUUAUGCAACCACUGAAUUAGAUAUCGGGUCUGAACUCUUCAAUAUAAACACUAGCAGUGGAAACGAUGUGGACAAAAUGAUUGAACUCAUCACUAAAACGUGUAUGGGGCAAUGCAUUACAGAGAGCAAUUUAUUCGUUGACGAGUUUGGCAGAACAUGCGGAAUUGAUGACAAAAGUUCGAUUUGUUUUUCAUCGAGGUGCAUCAAGGGCUGUGACUAUUGGUGGCGCGCACUAAAGGAGUUCGAACCAUGUCAGGAAUCAUGCUCUUCGACACAAUUUUAUCCUUAUGAUUUACCUUGUAUUUCCGCUUGUGAAGCAGCCCAGGGACAGUAUUGGCAUUUACAGCGACUGGCCAUGAAAGUAUUGGUUAGCACAAUAGUGCCAUUAAUUCUUAAUAAAAGCUUAACUUCGGACUUUCUGGCAUUACAAUGGCCCAUAACUCUGCCCGAUAACUAUUUGUUAAAUCGGCAGUUUAACCUGCAAUACCAACAUGCAUUGCAAAGCGCCAGUGAUGAACCAGUAAAUGCGGCUAAGAACAAUGGCGAUAAAAAUUAUAAUAAUGUUGCCGAACAGGAGGCAUCAAAUAUGAAAUAUCAGCAAUGGAUUAACUUGGCCAAUUUUAAUUGUAAUGAGAAUUUUGAGUGCGAAAUAUUUGACGCUUUAAUGCCGUAUUCCAGCUAUCGGUUUCGUUUCGAAUUACCUUUUGGUGAAAAUUCAGAUGAUACUUUAUAUUCGCCAGCCACUGCAAUUUAUAAAACGCAAGCUGCAGGAGCUCCAUUAUUAAAGCCAAUAAUUAACAGUUUUUCUGCAUUGGACCAUAGCCAUCUUGCACUUUUUUGGCAGCCAGCGAUUUUUACAAAUGGUCCAUUAAAAGGUUUUAAAUUAAAAUUACGAAAUUCCGAAGAAACUUACGCUUUCGAAAAGUGGUUGCCAGCGAAUGUUACUCAAUACAUUUUUAGCGAUUUGCUACCACACACCAAUUAUACAGUGCAGUUGCUGAUGUUAAAUGAGGUGGGUGAAGGACCUUUUGCGGUCAGAAGUGCUUCCACAAAGCCAAUAUCAAUAUCUGUAGACUUCUUUAGGGAUUUGAGUUCCGUUGUGCUUGCAGGUGAAUAUAGCAUUAAACUUAAAGUCUUAGAGCGCUUAGCUGAGACAAAAGUUUUAUAUCAAAGCGACCAGCUUAUAACUGAUUGUGCAGUCAGUUUAUCAACCGAGCAGCUUUUCCUUAUUGAUGAAAAAGGCACAAUUAAAAGAUUAUGUUUUGAUGAUUCUGAUGACCACUCAGUGCAUUUGAUUAAUAAGACAGCUUUCAGUUUCAAACCCACGAAACUCUCCGUGGAUUGGUUAAACAAGAGACUAUUCAUUGCUGGAGAGAACACACUAACAUUGUGGAGCUUAAUAAGUACUGACUUUGAUGGAAAUUCCGUGCAAACUCAUUUUACAAACAUCAGAACAAAAAUGAAUCAAAUGGAAGUUGAUCCUAUUAACGGUUGGUUGUUUUGGUCCCACGUAAGCGGCAUAUGUAUUUUAAACUUGGCUACAAACAACAUUAAAAAUGUUUACACCAGUUCACAAAUUGGCCAUUUUCAUAACGACUUCAAAAGAUUUUUGCUCGUAGUAUACCAGAAAGUAGAGCAUGCAUUUUACGAGUUGAGUUAUGAUGGUACAUAUAAUCGCAAAUUAUUGGAAUUGAACACAAGUCGAGAAUUUUUGGGUGAAGUGCAGAGUUUUAUAUAUGUGGAUAGUAAUAUUAUGGCAACAAAUGGUACACACUUAAUGCGUCAGAAUUAUCGCUCUAAUGAAAACGAUGUCUGGUUUCUACGAGAUUUGGAAUGGUGUUGGCAUUUGCUGCCAGUGCAAUACAAAUAUGUACAACCUCAUCCACUACCAACAAUAGAACCGUUUGGUUUGAAAGCUUUGCUUACCUCAAAUAUGGCAAAAAUAACUUGGAAUGCACCAAAACACAUACACUUUCAGAGUGAUUACGCUUGGCAGCAUUGGGAAUAUGAACUUGAGAUGAUGGAUGUGGCCAGCAAUAGUGCCUUCAAUAUACGUAAUAUUAAAUCAACAUAUUUCAAUGUGGAGAAAUUACAAGCAAAUAAUUUAUAUAAGAUACGUAUACGAACUGCAGCAAGCCACAGUUUACCAGCGGGCGAGUGGUCUGAAGAAUUGUUGACGCGCACUUGGCCAUUGGGUGCACAUAAACUUAUGUGGGCCAGUGCUAACGGCUUGUAUCAAACGAACGAGAUUGGGUUAAACGCAAUACAAGUUGGUGAAUUGGGAAAUAUAAGAGACUUUGUGCAGCUGAAUGGAACCAUGUACUAUAUCACAAGCAAUAAUCUUCUGAAAUGUGCUAAUAUAAUGAAUCCUGAGGUGAGUUGUACAUUUCCUCUCACUGCUUCUGUCAAAACUAUAGCAUAUGAUUGGCGGGGUGGAAAGCUUUACUGGACAGACGUAUUAAAAAAUUGCUUACUACGUGCCAACUUGGAUGGUAGCGAAAAAGAGUUGUUGCAAGUACUAGAAGCAGAACAUAUUGAGAUUGAUGCAUACAAUGGAUAUAUUUAUUAUUCAACGGGAUUGAGAUUAGUACGACGCACUUUAAGUGGAAAUAUUGACGUAGAGGAAGUUGAAUAUUUUCAUAUAAAUGAAUUUGGUGGUACUAUACGUGGGUUUGCAUUAAAUAUUCCUCAAAAAAAGUUAUACUGCGUUGUUCGUCAAAAUGACGGCCAAAUUCGCUUGUUUACAACAAGUUUGGAGAAUAACUAUGGAAAAUCGAAUGACAAUUUAUUGCAUUAUGACAUAGAAUACAAUUCUCUCAGAUAUUUGCAUGACAUUGAGAGCCUUAUGUGGUUACAAUUAAAUAGUAGUAAAUUAAAUAUAAUGCGUGUUGAUACUUUUGAAAUUCAGACCAUUAUUGAAGGUAGUACUUUUGGAAGAGUAAAUUCUGUAAGGUUAAAACUAGAGUAUAUGCCCUACGUUGAUGUCAGUGUAAUUCCAGAUCCAAUAGACAUUAGUAGUAUUCGCAUCGAUGAUGGUUACUGGGAUGAUUUCAAUGUUAAAUGGAAUUCGAUUGCAACUGCAGAAAAUUAUACAGUGUUUUAUAAGUUACUUGUAGAAACUCUUGAUAAGCAAAAACCACAGUUUUAUUGCAGGGAAGUAAGUAAUCCUUUUUUGCGAAUAACUGAGUUUAAUCAACCUGAUCUGUUGUUAAAUGUUACUAUAACUCCAUACACUUAUUGGCAUGCAGGUACUGCGAUACAUACACUUGUACGUUCUCCUGCCGCUGCGCCAACACAACCAAUGCGAUUACGAAUUUUUGUAGAACGUAUUAAUAGGCCCCUACAAAUACUACAGAAUGUCAAUGCCAUUUUACGAUGGGACCCACCGGAAAACCUCACUAUUAAUGUUGAAGUUGAUUAUAAAAUAUAUUGUUGGAUGCAUGACAAACUAUUUAUUGAACGAGUAUACCAUUUUAGCAAUCAAAGACCGUUAGAGGCUAUAAUUAGUAACCUUAGUAUAGGAGAAACUUACACAUUUCAAGUGCAAGCACUCGCAGCUGGUAGGCUAAUAGGAGGUGAAAAAACUGCAUUGUAUGCGUUGCACGUGAAUCCAGAAGUGCAAGCAGUUCCUCGGUUAAUUUAUACAACAGCAGAAUUCAUAGCUGAACUCGAUAUGGAUCUUAAUCAUCGAAAAAUACUGGUACACACCACGAGCGAAGUUGAUCACUUAGCGUUUUUGGAAGGUGAGGAACGUUUACUAUGGGUUAAUGAGAACGUUGAACUUAUGACCUUCGUACCUGGAUCAGUUCCAGUGAAACUAGUUCGUAUGCGCGCUGAAGUACUAUCUCUCGCUGUUGAUUGGAUUCGAAGACUUGUUUACUGGGCAGAAAUGCAUAAUGACUUAGAAAAGGUAGUGUCAGUCUACAGACUUGACUUAUGUCAGUUCGAAGGACGCAUUAAAUCGGGAUAUAAAUUGUUUAACUUAACAACAGGAAAGUUAUUAAAAGAUCUCGUUGUUCUGCCUUAUUCGCAAGCCGUUUUGUGGUUGGAAUAUGAUGCUGAAACUCCAGAAAAUGCCACACUUCGAGGUAGAAGUCUUAUAGAUUUGAAUGUACUGAAACUGAAGAGUGUUACUGCCUCAAAAAUGUUUGAAGACACAUUUACUUUAGAGCUAGAAACAGUAAAUUUGAUAGAUUUUAGGGGAAAAAUUUGUACCUAUGAUGUAUAUAGGCAAUUGUGUAAUCCCUUGAGAGUAUAUUUUAAUAUUAUCACUGAUAAUAUAGAUGAAAUUGAUCGAGAUUCUGGUUUCAUAUAUACUUUUAAGAAUGGCACGAUACGUGCCUAUAGUAGACGUAAGCAAACAUUAGAGCACGUAGCAGACGUAUUGAAUGGACGGAAAAUUAAGGCUCGUAACUAUCAAGAAUAUCCAAAGGCUAAAUGUUUAUUACCCGAAUAUGAGAAAUUUAUCCAAGCUAAAGAUUUGCUCACUCCUAAAAUACAGCUCAUUAUGGAAACUUAUAUUCAGUUAAUAAUGCCAGACUUAAACACAGAUGAGGAUUGUGUGCUUAGAUUACCAGGAGAAAAGUAUAUGUUGUCGCUACAUAGUGACGGUUUCAAUGUACGGAACUUUACAAUUUUUGAAAGACUUAUUAAUAUAACUCAGUUAAAGCCCUUUACGAACUAUUCACUGCAAUUGAAAGCAUCGACUUUUUAUCUUCAAAAACUUGGGCGUCUUCCGUUGAUGUCCAAACAGUUUUAUGUGCAAACAAAACCCGGAACACCAACAGCUCCAGAAAAUUUUACUGCUUUCGCUUUAAGUCCAACAGAAAUACAAAUUGAUUGGUCCACACCGCGUAUUUUUAAUUCUGAAAAAGUUUGGUAUCAAUUGAUCUGGAAAAUAACUAACUCUACUAUUAGAGAACACAAAACAUUAAGUGAAACGUCUCUGAUUUUAACAAAUUUAAUGCCAGCGCAGUUUUACACAAUUUGGCUUAUAGUUUUCUCAACAGAAAAUAAGUUCAACACAACAGAUCCUCUUGACGUAACAACUUUUGCCGAACCCAAUUCCUUGGUAUUAAGUGAGCAAACACCGAAUAGUCUCACAGUUAGUUGGGUACCAACUUUAAAUAUAAUUUCUGCUGUAUUAGUGUGCAUUGAGUUGAAAGGAGAAAACAAAUACAGUGUUGAUGUUUUGGAAAAUUCAACUUAUACUGUCAUUUCACAUUUAAAACCGAAGACGAUAUAUAUGUUCUAUUUACAAUUAGUUUAUAAUUCUGUAGUACGCCCUUACUAUUGGCCUGAACGUUUAACGGAACGGUUCUUAUUUGAGACAUUAGGCGAUAAGCCAAGUAGUCCAGGACAGCCACAGAUAGAACAUAUAGCUGGCGAAAUAUUUAAAGUUUUUUGGGAUGGUUCGGUUGAUAAUGGAGCUCCAAUCAUUGAGUAUAGUUUGGAGGCAUUACAGACUCGCUUCGUAAAGCGCAAGCGCCGGCAAACAAGCUCGGAACUGAAUUCUAUAAUUUUGUUAAAUAAUUUACCGUGGGCAGAAGAACCGACACCACUUGAGGACAAGUGGAUAGUGUAUUGCAACACGAUUGAACUAAGCUGUAUUGUACGAGAACUACAUACACUACGAUUGCUUAUGUUUCGCGUUAGAGCACGAAACCAUCCGUAUGGCUGGGGUCCUUAUAGUAUUCAUAGUGAACGUGUUUCAGAGCCAUUUGUCUCUCCAGAAAAGCGAAACUCUUUAGUUUUUGCUAUAAUAGCACCGGCAGCUAUUGUUUCGUGUUGUGUGAUUAUUUUGAUAAUUAUACGAAUGGUACAAAAGCGCCGUUUAAAAGCUAAAAAAUUAGUAAAAAAAGGUAGACUAAGUAUUUGGAGUGAUCUUUCUGGCUUACAACAACAACAGCUAAUGUCGUUGCGUUCAAGGGGCUUUUCAAUUGCAAGCAACACAACUUUGUAUACCGGUGGACCAUUAAGUGAUGCAGAUAUUGCUUUGCUGCCACAUGUGAACUGGAAUCAAAUUACAGUAUUGAAUUUCUUGGGAAGUGGAGCUUUUGGUGAAGUUUAUGAAGGUUUAGUUAAGCAUGACGAUGAAUCACAGAAAGUCGCUAUCAAGAGUCUUCGCAAAGGUGCAAAUGAAUUUGCAGAACUUCUCCAAGAAGCUCAAUUGAUGAGCAACUUUAAACAUGAAAAUAUUGUACGCUUGAUUGGUAUAUGCUGCGAUACUGAGUCCAUAUCAAUUAUUAUGGAGCAUAUGGAAGGAGGAGAUUUACUUAGUUAUUUACGGGAAUCACGGCAAAAUUCAAAUAAAGCAACAGCAUUGGAAUUAAAGGAUAUGUUGACAAUGUGCAUUGAUGUUGCAACAGGUUGUAACUAUUUGGAGGACAUGCAUUUUGUGCACCGGGAUUUGGCUUGCCGUAAUUGCUUGGUAUCAUCUCGUGAUCCAAGUAAACGUGUUGUUAAGAUUGGUGAUUUUGGUUUAGCACGUGAUAUUUACAAGAAUGAUUAUUACCGUAAGGAAGGUGAGGGCUUAUUGCCUGUACGUUGGAUGGCUCCGGAAAGUUUAAUGGAUGGAGUUUUUACCACACAAACAGACAUUUGGGCAUUUGGAAUCCUUUGUUGGGAGAUAUUAACAUUAGGUCAACAACCUUAUGCUGCUCGUAAUAAUCUAGAAGUACUAAAUUAUGUAAAAAAUAAUGGAAGACUGCUGCAACCUGAUAUUUGCCCAGAUAAACUGUUCGCCUUAAUGUUGAACUGUUGGAAUGUGAACCCUAGCGACCGUCCUAAUUUUCGUACAUGUGUAAGAGUUAUAUUAAACAUAAAAAGCGAGCUUCAUUGCAUCAAAACUGAGUACGGUAGCGAUUAUGAUGAUUAUACUGCAUACACGAAUAACAGUGAUGCAACUUUGACCAGUUUUUUGUCAAGACCACUGUCAAAAGUGGAUGAAGAAGUUGAUGCCGAAGAAUUUAACGUGGACAUAGAGAUAAUAAAUUUUAUGUCGGGGACUAAAGUAAGACCUGAGCACGAUACCAACAACGUGCACAAACUGCAAAGAUCCAUUAAAAAAGAUGACAUAAAGGAAGGAAUUUCUCGAUUGUAAUUGCUUCAACAAAAUAUUUAAAAUCUGAUUUAUCAAAUAUAUUAAAUAGUAUAAAAUCUCAAAUAAAUU